UUCUUCAUUUGUGCCUCUUUUUUCCCCGCGCUCUCCAUAUAACCAGUCGUCUGCUGGUUGGGACAUGUAGUGAUUAACGUUGGCAAGGUUCUCGUCUUUGUCUGAUCAUUCGAGCCUUUGAUUACCCUUACACCACUCCGUAUAACUCUUUGCUAUGACCCAUGUAACGUGCUACGACGUCACCAUUUACAAAUUAUCUCCCCUAACACCCCCCCCCCCUCCAGCAGCACCACUGCCAUCACAAACUCUCUCUUAACUAACCCGUGCACUCCUCGUGACUAUACUGCCUAUUACCUGGCCCAGCCUGAGCAACAUUUUAUCUAGUGGAGUGAAUGCAUGUGGAGUCGAGGGGCGGUGGAGUUCGCGACAGCAAAUUGGACUGUAAAUUUUGAUUUCUAAUCUCGUGACGGAGCGGUAAAGAGCAGAAUAAUAUAUUUGGUUGCAGAGGUACGGACAUAACCAUCAAUGGCUAUUAACUUCAAGCGAAGAAAGUCUGCCACACUUUUUCAUCUUUUUACAAUCUGAUUUCUUGUUGAGGGAGAUUUAUAUAUUGGAUGAUUGUGGUAUCACUGUCAUGACUGUUUUCAUAUCUAAGGGUGAUGUUCAUUUCUUAGCCUCACUUCUGUUUCGACUCUCCGUAUCAUCUUCUUGAUAAAUACCUGAAGAAACUUUAUGAUCUCGAAUUUGAAAUAAUGUUGUUCGAUUGAAUCUACGAAAAACAAUCUUCAGUCCACCGUAUCCCUUUUAAUAUAUUUUCAGGUACCAAUCUCGCCAUUUGACUUAAGAAAUAUUAAAUUUUCAGUUUGGUAUUUUCGACUCUUGUAAUUUUUUGUGCAAAAUUACAUCCAUUUUAUAAGUGAUAAAUCUUUGAAGAACUCCAGCAUACGAUCACGUUGAUAUCCCUUCAAAUAAUUCAUGAACAACAGCACAAUCUGGCCAAACAUUAUUGUCGUUUAGGUUUUUUCAAAACUAAUCGUUCGACUGAGUACCUUCAAGAAUACCGCCGUUGUUCAGGAAUUUUACACUUGGUUUACAAUCACUCCACUUAAGCGUCGCUGCACUGUCGUGGUUCGUCGGAUUCAUCCCGUAUAUUGAUUGAAAUCACUUUUCUGAUUUGUAGACCCAGUCGACAAUAGAGCCAAAAUGGGGGUCUCUCGAUUUGUGAUGAUCUUACAGGGGAUGACUGUUCGAUGUGUGUUCUGUAUAGCAGCCAUGAUAAGUGUCUUUGGGGUUGUAACGGUUAAACAGCAGCAGGCCUAUUGGCUUCUACUCAACUUGUCUUUCUUGCUCUUCCUCGAGGCCGCUAUCACAUUUACACGAACCAGGACAGGGGAAUGGAAAUGGUUCUGUCCCAGUGUUUUACUGUUCCUGGUCGCCACAGUACCAUCCCUCUGGCUCCUUGAGAUGACCCUUCUCAAUGAUAGAUUAGAAUAUGCCGAGAUGCAUGGAGGAGAUUGCGUUUCAUUGGAGGAUGUUGAAACCAAUAAUACACAGCUGGUAGCUAAAAUAUCCGGGGUGACCCUACCGCUUAUCCUGACCACACAGAGUUGGUCAAUUGCUCUUCAACAAGCUCUUCUCUUCGUUCUCAUCCUGGGACGAUGGUUACUACCAAAGGGUGAACUCACAAGGGACCAACUUUCACAACUUCUCCUGGUGUACAUCGGCAUUGCAGCAGAUAUUCUUGAAUUUGUGACGGAGAAUCUCAAACUUGAACAGGUCCGCUGUAACCCGAUCAUGGUGGUUUGUAUCCUGGGUUUGUGGACUUGGAGCCUUAUGCAAUUCACACUAGGUCUGACAGCUACCAAGGCCCGUAAACCACGUGUUGCUGGAACGAGCAUGCGCAAGAAGAAAGAGGAGAAACAACCUAAGGUAACGUUCUGCUGUGAAACCGAGGUCUGGGGUAUCAUGGCCACAGUGGUUAUGCAAGACGGUCCCUUCCUCACCAUGCGUCUUUACCUACUGACGGUAGAGGAAGCCGUCAAUCACAUGAUGAUAUUUUUCACGUGUAAGAACAUGCUCAUCAUGCUGCUUCAGAUGUAUCGCCUUCUUGUUAUCUGUAUCGAGCGUCCAGGAACGCAGGAAUCUGCCAUUGUUAAAACUGUAGUGAGAUACCGUGACGCAAGCAGACGAUACGUCAACGAGCACGCAGCUGAACGGAGGCGUCAGAAGCAGCUGCAUCAUGAUCUCAGACUUCGUCAUGGAGAUCAUAAGUCUAGUCCCAAGCACAGUAUGUCGCAGCACCGUCUCAUACCUGAUGUAACGGACGUACUGACACCAGGACAAGCCAUGCCUCUCCUGCCAUCUUUCCCCCUCACACUUAUUACUGGCCAAGAACGGGGCGUUGGAGACGGGUUCGACGACAACUCAAACAAGAAUUGCGACGUCGAGAAGCAAUCACCAAAACCUGUCGUCGACAAGCGGGAAGAACUGUCCGAUUACGAUAACACGACGAGCGAUUUCGACAUCCAUCCUGUCCCGUCGCCGACCAGAGUGUCAUCGACCAAUGCAACGGUACAUAACGCUCCACAGUUAGCGUCGUUUUGACGUUACGUAAAUACUGUUUGAUAUCGUUUGUUAUAUACUAGGAGGGAGUUAUCCUCACAAUCAAAACAUUUUCAGAGUAUCAUAUUUUGUAAUUUGUUAUGAGAGAACAGAUGCUUACGAUAUUCCAUAUAGUAUAGGCCCUAAUAGUCAUAAUGAGAAAUUGAUUAUCAAAAAAGAACGAAGAGGAUUUUGUAUGACCCAUAUGAAUUUGUUUGCAAUGUGCAUACAUAUACUUUGUGUGAAUCGCUAAAAAGUCGUACAAAAAGUAAGAACGUAGAUACAUGUGGAUCUCUAACAGAUUGAACCAAACUCUGCUGAUAACAAUGAAGUUUAUCUUGAAAUGUAGGCAGGAUUCGAUAAUUAUGUUUAUGUUCUAAUUUUAUUAGUUUCUGUUCAAGUCUAAAUUAGCAUUUAUACUGCUGAAUAUUUGUUGAUAAACUUGAUAUGAACAAAAAAUAAAGUUACAUGAAGACACCUUUUUCUAAUGCAAUGAAAUUCACUACACAUAUUUCGAAAGAGAGAUGGCGCUAACUUCGAAAUAUUUACGGCAGUCGUUUUUGUUUUUCACGGAGUUUGUCCAACACUGGAGGUAAAACUUUGAAUAAAAUUUAGGAAUUACCUGACUUAUGACGAGCCAAAUGGGUUUCUCAGUAGUUUAAAAAAAAAUCUUAUCUGCUAAGCAUAAUGGACACUUAUAUAGCACAAUGUUAUUACUUAGCAGUUUGAAGUGCAAUAUUUGCUAUAAUCAAAAUGAGAUCAUAAUAAAUAUAUUCUGUGCUCCUAAACUUAGUAAACAUCCAUAAAAUCUUUCAGCUAAAACUGAGUUCUUCGUAUUUCUUUCGAUAUAAAUUCAACCUUAAUAAAUUAGCCUCGAUAUUAGUGACGAUUGAAAUAUUUUGCCUGGCAAAGAUAAACAAAACAAUAUACGCAAUAAUGAAAUUAGUAAUGAAAUAAAAUAAGCCACACUGCAUUGUUAAUAUUUACAAUAUUAAGGUAGGAACUUCAAUUCUUUGUAUUUUUUCUCUCCCUUCUCCCUUCCUCCUCCUCUUCUUAUUCUUCUUCCUCUUUUUCUUUUUUUUUCUUCUUCUUCUUCUUCUGCUUCUUCUUCCCCUUCUUCCUUUUCUUCUUAUCCUUCUUUGUUUAUAUAUUUACCGCGGAUCCGUAAAUGAAAAAGGUAACUAUUGAGAAAUGAUCUAAAUGGUCUAAAUAUUAUUUUAUAAACAAUUGUUUUGAUGAGAUUAUAAUUUUAAGAGCAAUUUCACUGUUAGAAAAUCCUGAUUUUACAGAAAAAAAGAUAAAAGAUUUCGCAAAAAGCAAUAACGGAAUCAUUCUGUAAAUUCAUAAAACAGGAAUUUUUCUGCAAUUUAACAGAACAGGUCUGUAAAAAAAAGGGAAA